AUGAACAUGAAAACUCUUUUGUAUAGUGCGUUAUUUAUUAUAAUAAAAAGUGCCACAGGACAGAAGUCGCCGAAUGCUCCACUGGAUUGUCCGUCUUUGGAGAAGGGAGAUAUUUAUACACAGUCCGAAUUCCUAUCGCGCUUGGCAAAUGAAUGCCGCUACGAUAGAUUGCUUCUACCAACUUACAAGACCGGUGAAGUUGUUUAUGUUCAUGCCAGCGCAUACGUCUACUUCAUACAACCAGCUGAAGCACACGACUUGAAUUUCAAAUUGCAUUUUUUGCUGCAAUUACGAUGGACUGACGCGAGACUCGCUUAUUCGUUGUACUCGCCGGAACGACAGAAAAUUAUAGGAGAAAGUGACUUACGCCAGAGAAUAUGGGUACCACAUCUGUAUAUGUCCAAUGAGCAGUCUUCCAGUCUCAUGGGUACAGACAGCAAAGACGUGCUCAUUUCCAUUGCACCAGAUGGCGAAGUAUUGUUCAGCCGACGAAUGCAAGCAGUGUUAUAUUGUUGGAUGAACCUUCAAAAAUUCCCGUUUGACGAUCAAAGAUGUUCUAUGAAUUUAGAAAGUUGGAAAUACAACGCAUCAAUCUUACGUCUUAUGUGGGAGAAGGAUAAUCCCGUACGUCUUUCUAGCGAACUGCAUCUAACUGAAUAUUCACUACUCGAUUAUUGGACAAAUGAAUCAGUAGUCCGAGGCGAUAUAGUCAAUAUGAGGCAGGGGGGAGCUGGAAAUUACAGCGCGCUUAAAUUUACGUUUAAGCUCGGUCGUGAAGUCGGUUACUACCUAAUGGAUUAUUUCAUACCUUCAAUGAUGAUAGUGGCUAUGUCGUGGGUUACAUUUUGGUUGCAGGCUGAUGCUUCCGCUCCAAGAAUUACAUUGGGUACCAGUACUAUGUUAUCAUUCAUCACCCUGGCGUCAUCACAGGCGAAGACGUUGCCGAAAGUUUCCUACAUCAAAGCCAGUGAGAUCUGGUUCUUGGGCUGUAUCGGUUUCAUCUUCUCCGCGCUCGUGGAAUUCGCAUUUGUUAAUACUAUUUGGCGAAGAAAGAAAGUGGUGAGUCUCAAGAAGGUGAACAGCAAGUAUAUCUUGAAGAGUACUCUGACACCUCGUCUCGCUCGUAAGGAGUUACAGAAGGAAAUGCAGUCCUCUCCUCAGCUGAGCAAGUCUCGGUCAUGUUCAUCUUUACAACAAGACGCCUCCAGCGAUCCGAACGGACCCGGGUACAAUAACUAUCUUACCGUACAUAGCUUCCCAUCAGCGUUGAACUUGCCAACAAUAACUACACAGAGUUAUGACGAUCUAAGCGGUAGAGGUCGCCCUGGUAGCGAGGGGUCUGAUGAGCCCAAGCACACUUGGACACAAAUGACCCCACAGGAGAUAGCUACGUGGAUAGACAAACGAUCAAGAGUCUUAUUCCCCCUACUAUUUAUACUAUUCAACAUAAUCUAUUGGACCUUCGUCUAUUGUCUAUGA